AUGGCUGAAAUAUCAGAGGAGCCAAAGUUUACUUUGAGGCUUAUUAUCGAUGAAGAGAAGAACAAGGUCGUUUUGGCUGAGGCUUGUAGAGAUUUUGUUGAUGUUCUCUUCAGCCUGAUGACACUGCCAAUGGGCACCAUCGUCGGAUUGCUUAAGAAGCAUCAAAAAUCGGAGAUUGGAUGUUUUAGUAACCUCCAUAACAGUGUUGCGGAGAUGAGCAUUGACAGCUUCAUGACUGGAGCUUGUAAGGAGAUGUUGCUUAACCCAAGGAGUGUGAAGGAUGCCGAUUGCAAAAGGCUUAAGCUCAACCUAAACCCUAACGAUGAUGGCCUCAAGUACUUUAAGUGCCCUUUUUUCUCAAACUGCAACAAGUGCAGUGAUUUUAGUGGCUCUGAUUGUGCUUGUGGAAGCUUGAUGGAACACGAAAUCAAAUUGACUGAAGAUGAUGAUCACAUACAAAAUGAUGUUGAUGGAGUGUUUGUAAGUGGAAGGUCUUCCUUCAUCAUCACCGACGACUUGAAAGUAUCUGUUGAUUCGACUGGUCUUGUCUUGAAAACUCUCAACAGUCUAGGCUGUUCUGAUGUUAGUAAGCUUGGAGAACAGCUUCUUGACAUCGGUCUCAAUGAGAUUAUGCGUCUUCUUGAGUGUGUGUUCUACUCAAAUACACCCUUGACAGACGCUCUCUUGAAGAAGCAAAGCCCACAAGAUAUGACAAACAUACACAAGUUGUUGUUGACUCCAUCAUGCCUGAAGGAGACUAAAACAGAGGUAUCAGAAGAAUCAGAAUUUACUAUUGAUGCCAUAGUGAGGAAACAAGACACGAAGAUUCUGUAUGUUGAGUGUGGAGAAGACUUUGUUGAUCUUCUUUUCAGUUUUCUCGCUGUCCCUCUGGAGUAUGUAUGCGAUACCAGUUUGGGAUGCACUGGAAACUUACGUAGAAGCUUCAAGGAUUUGACUGUUGAUAAAAGGAAAGAAGAAGGGUUAGGUUCCAAAUGUGUGCUUCCUCAUUACUAUAAAUGUCAGAAGCAGGUGUCUGUUAUCACCACUGAAGAAGCACCAUUAUACUACCGUUACAGGAAUUCAAAUCCUCGCCAGCCUGACUACAGUUUGACUAGAGAUUGUGAUAGGACUCUGCUGUAUCGAAAGGACAGAAUAGUUCCAGUGAUUGUGAUUGAUCCAAAGUCUCCUAGUCAUCAUGGCAGAGAUGAUAAUGGAAGUGGGUUUGUGAAGAGAGGAAGAAGGUUUACAGUCUCGGAUGAUCUGAUAAUCACAACAAGGGGUUGCUUGAGCACAUCCAUAUGCUUUCUGAAGAAGUAUCAGAUUAAGGGUGAGGAUGUGGAUGUUCAUGUCAUUAGAAUCCGUGAAGCUGAGGUAAUGAAUCUGUUGAGGGCUUCUUUGGGGACAUCCUCUGCUUUGAACAGUGCUCUAUGGAACAUGAUUGCUAAGAAGCCAAAGAUGGAGACUUAGAAGAAUCAAUAUUUAUUGUUGAAAAUGUUCUCUAGACUGUAUUUUGAAAUCCACAUUUCCCUUUGUUUUUUUUCUUUAGUUAUGUGUUGGUCUUCUUUGACUUUGGUUUUAAACAUGGAUUUUAAUUUAUGAAACUCAAAGCCUGUUUUUUCUCGUAAAUCAUGAACACUCUUUCUGGGUCAGAGGUUUCUGGAAAUAAAUAUAUUUAAAUGAG